AUGGGUGACGGGGAAGAGAGGGGCGGCGUAGGGGAUGAUGGCCUGUUGGCCAAAGACCCAGCCGAUGGAGGAACCAGCGAAACUUCAAAUGCGUACGAAGACGCCAUGGAAAAUGGAGACGCCCCAAUCGGAGAUAGCGCGCAAGGGAGUCUGAAUGGUAGGCUGGAGGGUGUCUCGCAUGGUACAUCGCUGGACCCCCCGCAUGGCACCUCGCUGGACCCCUCGCUGGACCCCUCGCUGGACCCCCCGCACGGUACCUCGCAGAAUCGACCUGAUGACGCAGCUCAUCUGCCGCGAAUCACCCUACGACACCGAUUCUUCAAAAACGCCCCCAGCGCGGACGACGCGGAGAAGUGCCACAAGGGCAAACCCGCCGCCCAGAAGGUGCCCCAGCGGAAAGAAGAAGACCACCCCCCCAAAGAUGAAUCAGAAAAGGAGCAUAUCCCAUCGGAACUCGAGUGUGCCAUAUGCAUGAAGCUGUUAAUCAUACCAGUAACCAUCCCAUGCGGACACAAUUUCUGUCGAGACUGUUUGGAGAAAGCCAAGGAAUAUAAAAACACGUGUCCCUUGUGUAGGUCAAAUAUGGGAGACAAAAAAAAUAUUAAUAUUUUGUUAGCAGAUUUGAUAAAGGAAAAGUACCCUUUGACAUAUGCAAAGAGAGUUGAAGAAAUGGAGAUGAUAAAAAGAGAAAAAGAAAAAAAAAUCCUACAGGAAAGGUUCGAUGCGAUUAAAAAUUCGUCUGUCAUUCCACUGUUUAAAGUACCCCUUGUGUUUGGUCCCUAUUUCCCAGGAGAGGUAUUCGAUUUAAAUAUAUACAGUGAAAAAUUUAUUGACCUAAUAGAACUUAUAUCAAGUGAACGUACCUUUGCCAUCACGUCCAGUAAAGGCAAAUCAAACAACGGAGACGAUAAAAUGUAUGGAAUUCAUGUCAAGAUUUUAGAGCAAAAUAAAACGAAUCAGGUGUUCUGUGUGAAAUGCGUAGCGAAUUUUCGGGUUAUCCUUUAUAAUAUAAUACAUUUCCAUCCGUAUGAGAAUUACAUAGCUAGCCAUUCUCCUCUCUUUGACGAGUCCAUUUCUUUGAAUUUAUUUGAGUACAAUUUGUUGCGGGGUAAGAAUUGCGCCCACUGCUGCGGGGGGUUGAAGUGUAAUCGAAGCUGCGCCAAGCAGGGGGGAAAUACCCCCGACGGGGGCACCUGCAACGGGAGCGGCAACGGGAACUGCAACGGGAACUGCAACGGGAACUGCAACGGGAACUGCAACGGGAACUGCAACGGAAACUGCAACGGAAACUGCAACCGCAACUGCAACUGCAACCGCGACUGCGGCGCGUGUGGCACGUCUUCCGUGGGGGUGAACCGCGAAUGUACCAACCAAACGGAAAACGAUUUGGGAAAGAAAAAAGUGGAAGACCUAAAAAAACUUUUAAACACAAUCGAAGUUGAAGAUGAUAUAAAUUCAAUAUCGUCAUACUAUGACAAGUACAGAAGCAUAAUAAAUAAUUCAACAGAAACGGACGAUUACAAUGCGUAUAAUGCGGUGAAUUAUUAUUCGUGUGUGAUAUUUUCAAGGAUCUGUCUCCUGUGCAUAAGGUACCAGCUGAACCGUUUUGGAAAUGCAGGAAUACGUUUGUUUAAUAGCAAGUUUCGAAAUGUGAAGCUUACCUCCUCCGAACCGUCUAAUGAAGAGCUGGAAAUUUUUUCCUACUGUCUUAGUAGCGCUAUUAUCUCUAGAUCCAUUCUCAAAUGGAGGUGGUUUAAGACGACCAACACCACGGAGAGGCUUGAGAGCAUAACUCAAUAUUUUUUAAAAAAGAAGAAUAAAAGUAUUUUGGCGCUUGACAAUUCGAGGUCUCCGAUUAUUCACCGCUUCUUCAUGUUGGACUCCAUUUCGUCGUCUCUUCUCAUUUUGGUCUUCAUUUCGGUAAUAAUAUUUGUGAAGUACUUCCUCUACUGA